AAAGCGUUUCACUGGGAAAAAAAAAAAAAAAAAAAAAAAAAAAAAGGGCUUCGACUUCUGCCUCGAAACUAUUGAUUGGGUAAUGAAGAUAAUUGCUCCUUGGGACACCCCGAAGCCUGUUGGACCAGCGGGAGUCACCUCAGGGGAGGCGUCCCCGGGCUCUGCCCCACUUCUGCGCACCGGGAGCGAGGGGACCCGAGGGGGGCUGAGGGGACUCGAGAGGGCACGGCCGGCCCCGGGCCGCUCCGUGGGGCUGUGCCUCGGGGUGAACGGGGAGGAACGGCAAACACUAAACGACACGGAGCACGCCCAGCUGCUGGGCCGGGCCGGGCCGGGCGGGGCCGUCAGAGGGACAGCGGGUGGGAGCGCUGCGAUGACGGCUGCCUACGUAAAGGCUUCGCCCCGCCGUGACGUCACGCAGGUGCUCGUUGCUGUGCUCUCUGCCCUUGCCGUGACUCCUGCCCAGCAUGGGGCCAGACCACCAAAGGGCUGAAUCCUGCCCUUCUCCCCUCGCCUGUAUGGACAGGACUUCCAACGACACGAACCUGAGCCUUUCCACGCCUGCUGGACUCAAGUACCGGCUCUACCUCGGCCUGGCUUUGGCAGUAGGUUCCAGCAUCUUCAUUGGCUCCAGUUUCAUCCUGAAGAAGAAGGGCCUCUUGAAACUGGCUGCCAAAGGAGUCCCCAGAGCUGGACAGGGUGGACAUUCUUAUUUGAAGGAAUGGCUUUGGUGGGCUGGGCUACUAUCGAUGGGAUUAGGAGAAGCUGCAAACUUUGCUGCCUAUGCCUUUGCUCCUGCAACCUUAGUUACCCCUUUGGGUGCACUGAGUGUUCUCAUAAGUGCUAUAUUGUCAUCCCACUUUUUAAAUGAGAGGCUGAAUAUUCACGGCAAGCUGGGCUGUGUACUGAGCAUUUUGGGGUCCACGGUCAUGGUUAUUCACGCCCCUGAGGAGGAGGAGGUCACCUCACUGGAUGAGAUGGAAAUAAAGCUGCAAGAUCCAGUGUUUGUUGCAUUUGCUGUUCUCCUAACAGCUGUUGCCCUCACACUGAUUUUUAUUGUGGCUCCAAGGAGAGGUCAGACAAAUAUACUGAUCUAUGUUUUAAUUUGCUCAUUCAUUGGUGCCUUCUCUGUCUCAUCUGUCAAAGGCCUGGGCAUUGCCAUUAAGGAAAUGCUGGAACGGAAGCCGGUUUAUCGACGUCCCUUGGUUUAUAUUUUGGUGGGAAUUCUUGUGCUCUCAGUCAGCACUCAGAUCAACUAUCUCAACAAAGCAUUGGACGUGUUUAAUACGUCUCUAGUGACACCUAUUUAUUACGUGUGUUUCACCAUGACGGUGGUGAUGUGCUCCAUCAUCCUGUUCAAGGAGUGGAGCAGUAUGGACCUGGAUAAUAUCAUCGGGACCCUUAGUGGAUUCUGCACUAUAAUCAUAGGCAUUUUUCUACUACAUGCUUUCAAAAGUACUGAUAUCACCUGGAGUCAGUUGAUGUCCACCAUUGCAAAAGAACCAUCAAUGCCACACCACGAAUAUGAAACCUCUCAUACUUUACUGGAGAGCUUGGAAGACCCAGCUGUGGUUUUUGAGGAGGACAACAUUUUAUUUAGUCAAUGAGUGAUUGUUCCUCGUUCCAGUAUCACAGAUUGCAGACUCAGCCCACCUGUGUCUACCAGAACAUUCAUCUUUGCUGCAAUCCUCUGGAAAAAUGUCUGUAAAGGGAGUUAAAUGUGGGGACACAAUUGUCUGUGUGUGCCAGCUGUUGGUAGUGAUGAAUGAAAAUGUUCAGUAAUUAACAUGACAGUCAGAAACACGGUGGUUAUUAGGUGUCAAGCAAUGAGUAAGUUUGUCCAUUUUUAUGUGGUAUCUCCUGUUGGAGAAUUUUAGUGAGAAGGAAUGUAAACUGUGUUUACAAAAUGCAACUCUACCAUCUUGAAUAAAGAUAAUACCCUUGCUAAAGUAACAAGCACUCUUAUUAUGUUAGUAGCAGCUUUUGACCACCUAUCAAUGAAUCUUGAAUAGACAAAAAAAAAAAAAAAGGAAAUGUGGUUCUUGGUAACCAGUCUCCCUCAGAGGCCAUGUAUAAAAAGCAAAAAGCAAAGUUUUAGCUUUUCUACCUUAGGACUCCUGAAUAGAUUCCUAAUCCUGAAUGUGCAUGUACUUCUUAUUUCAAAACUAUGACCAAGAUGCAUUUUAAGAAAAAUCAAGCCCAUGACAGCCAUUAAAACAGUUGCUGUUGGCUUAAAAAAUUACAUAAGAUGAAAGAAUAAUUAUUCAAAGGCAGCAAACCAGAAUGGACAGUUAAGAGUUUCCACACUGUAUUAUACUAUUUUGAGGAUUAAGAUGGGAAUUAACAUAUUUCCAUUUUUUUCCUAAUACAUCUAUUCAUCAGAACCCAGUUAAGCUUUUAAAAAGAUUUUCUCAUUUUCCAGAAAGGUUUGGUUUCCAGAAAGGUUGGUUUAUUAAAGGUGUUGUUUAAGAGUAAACUAGUCAUGUUAUUCUAUGUUCAGUUAUAAAGGCAAAAUCAGUUUUCCAAUCAGUGUGGUGUUUCUAAAAAUACUAGAUAAAGGGAGGUCUAUAAAGAAUCCAUGAGAAACAUCAGAACAUUGAAGUGUUGUCUUUUUAUUCUUCUCUAAAGAUGAGUAUUCAUCUCUACUGUGUGUUUUAGCUAUUAAUCUUCUGUAGGCCUUGAAGAUCAGUAUCUGUACUGCUUUAUCUUCCUCAGUUGUGGUCACUGAUCUUUAUCAUCUCAUUAAAAGCAGUUUGUACAGCCCACGUUUUACUCAUUACAGUCCCCUUUACUGGCACUUUGUGAGCAAGAAUGCAGCUUCAGCAAGCAGAUGUGUGGGACGCAAGGAACUCAAUGGAAAUGUAGUAUUUCCAUGUCUUGGGUUUUUCAGAACCCUUGC